GUGGAAAUGGCCGGCGGCCUCGUUCAGGGCCCUCAGGUACCAGAGCAGCGCCAUUGGCACCCGAUGGCCCACCCCAGCGCCAACGCCCAGCUGCAGCCAGACCACCGCCAUUGACGCCGACAUCACCGCCACGGGGGGUCCGCCAACCUGCUGUUUCACACUCGACGCACUGCUUCCCUUUCCCUCAUCCCUCCGACUGCUGCCUUUUCCCCCUUGGGCUAAUCUUGCGGCCGCCGAGUCCUUGUCAGGAACCCUCCCUUUUCGUCACCAAAGCUUUUCCCCGACGUUUGCGCGGCCUUAAGUCACGCUCCCGCCCUAUCUGCUUCCCACGGGAAUCCCCUCAGCCAAAACGCAAACCACCCCGCCGUCGGCUGACGAACCGCGCAUGAACGCCUGGUGGUGACCCUCGUCAUCGCGAUACGAGAUUCACACGACACACACCCCGGCCCUCCACCUCGAAACGCUGCCACUUUGCCCCGACGACCCGGCCACCGCUGCGACAAACUCGAUACGGCCGACUGUCGCCAGUACGUCCAAACCUUUAGAACGACACCAUCGAGAGUUCGAGGCUGAGGCCAACAACGCUCCCUGGGCUGCCCGACGGGCGGAUGCGUGCCACCUCGCCGACCCCAAGCGCACCGCCGCCGGCGAUGCGACAACCGUCUCCUUCGACACUCGCCUCCGCCCUCACCCCUCCUCUCGUCACGCUCCUCGCCGCCACACGGUAGACGCCACGGCCCUGCGCACGCCGUCAAGGGCGCGACGCAAACAAGAGCGAUGCCGGGAGACCGGCACAAUCACUCGAGCAAUGGCCGAGCUGCUCCCGCCGGCGUCGCCUCCGUGGCGGUCUCGAGAGAUCGCGGUACGCCUGGCACGCCUUCGCGCAAGGAGAGGGUGCCGCGGGAGAGCUCGGCGUUGCAGGACCCAGGGCUGAAAGACUACAGGCUGGGCGAGUGUCUCGGCAAGGGUGCCUUCGGAUCCGUGUACAAGGCCUUUAACUGGAGCACCGGCGAAGCUGUUGCGGUCAAGCAAAUCAAGCUUGCGGACCUGCCUAAGAGCGAGCUACGCAUGAUCGAGAGCGAAAUCGACCUGCUCAAGAACCUGCUGCAUGACAACAUUGUCAAGUACAUUGGCUUUGUCAAGUCAACGGACUGUCUCAACAUCAUACUGGAGUAUUGCGAAAAUGGCUCUCUCCACUCGAUAUUAAAAGCAUACGGAAAGUUUCCGGAAAAUCUUGUCGGGGUGUACAUGACCCAAGUCCUGCAGGGCCUCCAAUAUCUUCACGAUCAGGGUGUCAUACAUCGCGAUAUCAAGGGCGCAAACAUCCUCACCACAAAAGAUGGCACCGUCAAGCUGGCCGACUUUGGCGUCUCGACGAGCACCCUCGCCGGCGGCCAGGAUAAGGAGGCCCAGGUCGUGGGAACGCCGUACUGGAUGGCCCCCGAGAUCAUUCAGCUGUCUGGGGCGAGCUCGGCUUCGGAUAUUUGGAGCGUCGGAUGCACCGUCAUCGAGCUGCUGCAGGGAAAGCCCCCCUACCACAACUUGGCUGCCAUGCCCGCGCUUUUUGCCAUUGUCAACGAUGACCACCCCCCGCUGCCCGAAGGCAUAUCAGCGGCCGCCCGAGACUUUCUUAUGCAAUGCUUCCAAAAAGAUCCAAACCUGAGAGUCACCGCCAGAAAGCUGCUCCGGCAUGCCUGGAUUGCAGGCUCGCGACGGGCCGAAGCACCGGUUUCGAAGGCGCCUGCCAACUUCAACCAAGCCGUCGAGGAAGUCAAGCAGUGGAACAAGGCCCUCAACUCCGACUCGAACCUCCGCACCUCUAUCGGGUCCGAAUUUAUGGGGCCGUCGUCACGAUUUAUCGCCGGAGGAACACCAGCAAGGGGUCCGCUUAGCCUCGCCAAGUCUAGGCCCGCUGCCGAAGCAUUCAAGUCCGCGGAAGUCGCCAACGAUGACAACUGGGACGAUGACUUCGCCACGGCAAUCUCUCCCAGUGCCCUCCAGCUGCCCCAUCUCAAGCCUCAAGACAAUUUCGGUGGUCUUCUUUCCAGCGACAAACUGAAAGCCUUUGCUUCCUCUAGCGACGGACGGACAGAUAGCAGUAACUAUGACGAUGACUUUGAAGGAGAACUGUUGACAAUCAAAGGGCCGAGCAGUCGCUUCCGCGACAUCGACUCGCAAGAGCAUACGAUUCGGCCGCUGCCAAAGAAGACGGUCACGAAGGCGGCGGAGACCCCUAAGCACCACCGCACCAAGGCAGGCUCGGGGAAACAGCCGCUCGCCAUCUCUUCUGGCCCAUCUGUAUCGAGAUCGCCGCCAAAGGCACACUUGGGCAGCAUCUUCGAGCUGCCGCCGAGACCGGACGUUGUGUACCGCGAGCAGAGCACCGAAGACUUCUCGGAUCUCUUUGUGGACAAUGACAGCCUCUUCGGCCGGGGAGUAAACCCGGCUGUCAACAAGGGCGCUCGAGCGACUGAUGCCCCUCAGCUCUUCCACCCGUCCGACCUCACCAGCUUGCCACGCUCCAUGCAGGCGCCUGAUGGCAGCAUCAGGAAGAAGUCGCAGUCGAGGCCGUCCGUCCUGCCGGAUCGUCCUAUGCGACGCACUCGCUCGUCGAUCGAGAUCCAGAAAUUUGCAGAGGACGAUGACGAGGACUUCUCAGACGUCUUUGGUGCAAGUGACUCGCAUGGCGAAAAGGAAGAGAGCGAGCGUGGCUCCGAGGACGGUGGGCUCAUGCUCAUGUCCAAAAUGUCCAGCAGCUCGUGGCUGGGGGAUGACGAGGACGAGUUCGACCCGUUUGCCACAAUGGAUCCCGGCUGGGACGAGAUGGACCUCGAGGCGAACAUCGCUAGAGACAGGCAUGCGCGGCUGGCAGAGCGAGUAGAAGAUCUGGUGGCCUCGUUGAAGACUACAGAGGGUGAGGAUAUGCUAUCCGACUUGUCGGAAGACUUGUUGGCACUCCUGUGGGAACACAAGGAGGUGAAGACGCUCAUUAUCAGCGCACACGGCCUGUUACCGAUUCUCGAGAUCCUGGAGCCUUGUACCGUGAAAAGCCGACAGUACAUGAUCCUCCAGCUGCUCAAGGUCGUCAACGCCAUCAUCCUCGAUGACGUCGAGAUUCAGGAGAACCUUUGCUUCGUCGGCGGCAUUCCCAUCAUCACAAAGUUUGCGGCACGCCAGUACUCGGAUGAGAUUCGGCUGGAAGCUGCAGCGUUCGUCCGUCAAAUGUACCAGACAUCUACACUAACCCUUCAGAUGUUCGUGUCCGCUGGCGGGCUGAACGUUCUCGUCGAAUUCCUGGACGAGGACUACGACAGUGCACGGGACCUCGUGCUUAUCGGUGUCAACGGGAUCUGGAAUGUUUUCGAACUGCAAGGGCCGACGCCCAAAAACGACUUUUGCAGAAUCUUCUCAAGGAGCAAGAUUCUCUAUCCCUUGGCGCUCGUGCUUCAUCGCGUGCUUGAUGAAGAAGGGGAAGACGAGUUGGGCGAGCUCAUAGAGGGGCGCAUCGUCAACAUCUUCUACCUAUUCAGCCAGGCCGAGAACUACGUCAAGGAAAUGGUGGCUGACCGGCAGGUGCUCAAGAGCGUCCUAAAAGACCUGAGACGGAUGACACCCGUGCACCAAAUUACGAUGCUCAAGUUCAUCAAGAAUCUGUCAAUGCUGUCGACAACGAUUGAGUCGCUACACUCGGCGGACGCCAUCGAGUUCCUCAUCGACCUCCUCAGCUACAGCAUGAAGAAGGACCAGAAGCAUUUCAGGGAAAUUUCGAAUCAGGUCCUCAACACUCUAUUCAACUUGUGCCGACUCAGCAAGGAGAGACAGGAGGACGCGGCCGUCGGAGGCAUCAUCCCGCUGCUGCUGAGGAUCAUGAAGACGGCCCGACCACCUAAGGAGUUUGCCCUGCCGAUAUUGUGCGACAUGGCCCACUCGGGGUCCAAGGGGAGAAGAUACCUGUGGCAGAACAAGGGGCUUGCGUUCUACGUGACCCUGCUGACGGACCAGUAUUGGCAGGUGACGGCUCUAGAUGCCAUUUUGGUGUGGCUGCAGGAAGAGACGGCAAACGUCGAGAGCCACCUCGUGGACGGGCACUUUACGAGGGCCAUUGUCAGCUGCUUCGGCACGAACCGGUUGAACGCCUUCGACUCGAACCUACUCGAGCCUCUGCUCAAGCUGCUCCGUCUCAGCCCGUCAGUUGCGGCCUCGCUGGCGAAGCCGGAGAUGUUUGCGGGCAUCGCGCAGAGGCUAGGGCACAAGAAGGCUGUGGUACGGCUGAACCUCCUGAGGCUGGUACGAACCAUCAUGGACUCGUGCGAGCCUGGCCUCGGCACGGGCGAUGGCUCGCGGACACUCAACAACGCGCAGAUUAGGUCUCUUAUGAACUCGAUACAAACGCUGGCCGAGACGGACACGGCCGUGCUGGUGCGAAACCUGGCCGCAGAACUGCUUCGCUCCCACAUCGAAAUGGACUCUAGUGUAGGACACCUCUUGCGGCACGAUGGGCCCUCAGCGGCGCAGGUCAGCUCGGCUUCGUCGUCGGCCAGGAGGUCUGCCACGCGGCGGAACACUAGUUAUACCCCGCCGAGCUUCCAGUCCUCCGUGUCGAUGCCGCAGACGCCCACGAGCCGCAGCAGGCAGAGCCUCGUCGCUGGCAAUGCCUACAUCGAGGUGGCCGCCAGCCCUCGACGCAGCAACACGACGCUCGACCGCGAGUCCCUCAUGUAUCGGCCACGCAGCCGCGACGGCCCGACCCAGAUCCCACGGCGCGUGAGCGGCGACGCGAGCUCCCUGGGCGGCAGCAGCAGCAGCGGCACCACCGUGUCGUCGGGUGCUAAGAGCCGGCUGCCGCGCACUUCACUGGCGCCCAUGGGGAUACACUCGUCAGGCCGGCAUCCGGGGCCCAGCGCCUCCAGGGCGUCGGAGCAGCACGUGUCCCACCACCAUCACGCCGUCAUGACUCCCAUGGUGGUGCGCAGCGAGAGCAGCACCAGCAACAAGGAGAACGGAGGCAGCAGCAGCAGGGCGUCGCGCGAGCUUGUGUCCGCCAGGGACAGGGACAGGGACAGGGACGGGGCCGGAGGCGGCGUCGUUACGCCCAGCGCUGCGGUAGCCAAGGCCCGCCGCAACGUGGACAACAACAAUAAGUGGUGAGGCUCAGUGCCGCCCCUUUUGUCUACGGGGUUGAGCGCAACAAGAGCGCCCUCCCCCUCUCCACCAAGGCGCGGCACGACGUACAUGCCUACCUACCUAUCCACACGGACUACUCACUACAUUUAAUCGCCACCCCACACAGACACUUGAAUCUCCUUGUCUUCUCUUACAAUACCACAAUGACGCGCCCAAACACAUCACAAUGUAUAUACAUGAAGGGCAGGUUUGUUCGCUUGCCCACCGCCUAGGGACAACCAGCCAGCCCCCUUGCUCCAUCCUCCGCGUCGUCGCCCUCCGCUUCUGCUCCCCCCUUUUCUAUCAGGAAAACUGGAUCCAGUUCUCCGUCGGGGGCGUUGAAAAGCGGUGCGAGGGCCAGUCCGAAGGGGUAAUAACAUCACGACCGAACACGGCGCGUGCGCGGAGCAGAAAGGGGCGGCGGUUCGUUUUGCCCUUUAAGGGAACAGACAGACACGGGCAAGGAGUUUAUGGAAAGGAAGAAAGGAAGAGAGAAGGAAAUCAAAAGGCAUGGCAGCAAACACAUAGCAACGCGCGUACCGGAGGGGGUUUUGCUUUUCGCUGCUUUCUCUUUCCUUUGUUUUCUUGGUAAACGAUUGGGCUGCUGCUGCUGCUGCUGCUUCUGCUCCGGCGGCGGCGGCGGAUACGAACACGGGGGCUACGAUCUCUCUCGAUGACGCGCGGUAUGGGGCAUGGUAGUUUUGGCAUCGCCGGGGAAUGGAGGGUGGGAGCUGGGAAGGCAUAGGAUGGGAGUAGACGGAUGGCACUGCAUUGCCUUUUUGACUUUUCAUGUUACAAUUAGACCUGCGGCUUCUUGGCUGCUGCCCAUCUCCCCCGAUAGCCCCC